CUUAAAUAACAAAAAUGGCGAACAAGUAAACUAAUAAUCUUGCAAGAGUACAGAUAACAAGAGGGACAGAUUAAGACAAGUGAAGAAGACGACAUCGCUGUCUUUCUCUCUGUCAAUUUCUUUUCUUGCUUUUCGGGGCUCUUCUUUUCUUGCUUUCCGGGGCUCUUCUUUUCUUUCCAGCUUCCGGGUCUCCUUUCUGACCCGAUUUCAGGCCACCCCAACACAAACCAUUCAUAGACGAACCUCUAAUUUCAACUGGGUUUUGUGUUUUUUCGGGUCAAAUGUAUUCUGGGAUUCACUCGAUUUCUUUAGAUGGAACCAGUAUGGGCCAUGGCGACUUCUCGGGUCAGCUAGACCCGACCAAUUUCGUCGGAGAUCCGUGUUUGGUGUUGACCACCGAUCCCAAGCCUAGACUCCGGUGGACGGCGGAGCUCCAUGAGAGAUUUGUCGAUGCCGUUACUCAACUUGGUGGCCCUGACAAAGCAACUCCUAAGACAAUCAUGAGGACGAUGGGGGUAAAAGGCCUCACCCUUUAUCAUCUCAAGUCACAUCUUCAGAAAUACCGGUUGGGGAAACAAUCUUGCAAAGAGUUAACAGAGAAUUCUAAAGAUGCAUCUUGCAUUGCUGAAAGCCAGGACACAGGUUCAUCCACAACAUCAUCAACAAGAAUGAUGCCACAAGAUUCAAACGACGGCUUCCAGGUUACAGAAGCUUUGAGAGUGCAAAUGGAAGUCCAACGAAGAUUGCACGAACAACUAGAGGUUCAACGUCGACUCCAGCUUCGAAUAGAAGCACAAGGAAAGUAUCUUCAAUCGAUCUUAGAAAAAGCUUGUAAAGCUCUAAACGACCAAGCGGUUGCAACAGCUGGGCUAGAAGCGGCUAGGGAGGAGCUGUCAGAACUCGCGAUCAAGGUAGCCAAUGAAUGUCCUCCAUCUGUCAUCCCUAUCCCUUCACUUCCAGAAGUCGCAGCGUAUCUCGAAAACGGAAUUGCACCCAGCGUUGACAGCUGCUUGACAUCAAACGGCAGCCCGGUUUCUCCGGUGGGAUUAAGCUCACAGGCUGCUGUUCUUAAGAAGAGACAGAGAGCUAUGUUCAGUAAUGGUGGAGACUCAUUACCAUUAGACAACAGUAUCAGACAAGCUGAAUGGAUGAUGUCUGGAUAGAUUCAGCCAAAAUUCAAUCUCACAAAUGGAUUCUUCUUUCUUUUCUCUGAUCAUUUUUCUUGAAUUUUCUUUUUGUUGGAUUUGGGAAUCAUCCAUCAAUUGUAACCCUUAGUGAUGUGUAUUGCAAAA